GGGAAGUGUGAACACAGUGAUGGGAUGCGGAAAGUUGGACCUGUUCAUUUAAUGAUUAUAUGAACGACAUGGUUUAAUAUCAGGACUUACUGACUGAUAUGAACAAUAUGCCAGAAAUUUCAAGGCAGCCAGUUUGCGACUGGGCGUCACGGAUUCAAAUACAUGGUACAUUGUUCAAGAAGCCGUUUGGCCAUCAAUCUAACAAGUGGUCGAAAAGAUUUUUCCUGGUCAAAGAUGGCUUCCUUAUGUACUAUGCAGACAAUGAGAAGAAGGAGUUUACAAAGAGGACAUACUUCAACAUCCACCCAAAGGGUAUAGUGCCGCUGGGAGAGUGUGAGUUCAAGACUGUCAACGAUGCUGCCCAUCCUUUCUGUAUUCAGAUAUCCAGUGACGAGAUCAAUGGUCAACUGGUGCUGGCGUUGGAGAGUGAUUAUGAGAGGAGCAAGUGGAUAGAGCUGAUGGAGCAGUCCCGCAGAGUGACAUGGAAGAACCACACGUUAGCAGAGGAGAUGAUUCGCCAGCUGGAGAACCAGGGGUUGCAGAUGAUGCGAGAGAAACAAGACUACUUUGAUCGCCUUCAGAGUGAAGUGAGUGCUUUGUCAGAAGAACGAGAAAGAGCUGAGGAGCUGGAGAGGAUUAAUCAGGAGCUGGAGAAGGAGAGACAGAAGCUGGAAAAGUUCACUCAGGACAUCAAGGAGGAGUAUGAGAAGAUCAGAGAUGAGCUGGAGGAGACAAUGGACACGAUGCGGAUGCUGGAUGAUGAUCGCCAGCAGCUGUCUGAGACCAUCGAAACACAGCAGGAUCAGCUUCAGGUACAGACUGUUAUGGCCAGAAUCAUGAUGCGUUUUGCCAUGUUACAUGCUUUUACCGUCACCAUCAGUCUUUCAGCAUGCUGUUUCAGGUUAAAAGAGAAUGAAGAGAAAACCUCACAGUUGGAGGAAGAGAAGCAGAACUUCAGUGAACAUGCACAGGAACUGCAGUCUACAAUAAAGGACCUUGUCACACAGAAAGAGAUUACAGAAAAGGAACUCAGGGAGGAGAUAAGGGCACGGUUGUCGGCGGAGACGAAGCUGCAGGAAGCUGAACGGUCACUGAAGAUCCUGGAGCAUGCCGUGGCAGAGAAGACCAACAACAUCGAUGAUGAAGUGAAGGAGGAGAUGACCUUCAAUGUCCAGAAGCUUAGACAGUUCUUUGAGGACCUGGCAGCAGAAGCUAAGUUGUCAGCUGAUCAGCCAAUCAUUAUGAAGAAUGCAGUUUGUGCCAGAAAAACAAUGGCAAGACGAGCCAAAACUAUGAAGUUUACAAAUCGGAAAAGAUCUAGCAGUUUCGACUCGCCGAAAGGGAAUCGCCCAUUAACGAUGUGCCUUAAGCCUGAUGACAGUGCGAAACCCAGCAGUGCGAAACCCAGUGGUAUCAGAAGGUCACAAACUUCCGUUGACAGGUCCACUAGGGACCGCUUAUUCAGCGACAAAGAACCAAUAACCUCGGACUCUGUUUUAUACGAAGAACACAUGUAAUGUUCACUAACGACUAGAUGUCUACAGCAUUAAACCCUGUCCAGUGAUGAGGAAGUAUGUCUUGAACAUGUCCAAAGAUAGACCUGUCUCUCUCUCGUCUUGUGGAUUGUAUUGAGGCUGUAUGCUAUUGGUGCUGAAAUAGGAUUAGGUUGAGCUGUACGGUAUGUUGUGUAAGUAGGUAAUCGUAGUGAAUGAUCAUGCUGUAUUCACUUUCAGAAUUCACUUUUCAAGAUGGUAAGAUCAUUCGGUUUUCAUGUAAGUACCGUUAACCUGAAACUUAUUAAUUUCCUGAAACUAUAUUUGAAUAUGUAUGACUUUUAUGUGAAUGGAUGAUAGAAGGUCAAAAAAAAUUAUAGGGAUGUUUCCUGUCAUGUUUAUAGAUUUGAAAUUAUAGAAGGUAAGUGAAAUCUGGGGGUUGUACUAGUAUGGUAUGUUAAGGGAAAAGAUAUUUAAUUGAGGGGUCUCUUAGCCUUGUGCUGGCUGGUCUGACAUCACCCUGAUGGUAGAUCGAGACUCAAACAAUUUCUUGAGUGUCCCAUUACAUAAAGUAAUUGUUGCACUCAGGUGAUCCAAACUUCCAUUCUUUAACAUAGACGUACGACUGUCGUAGUGCUACAUAUGCUCUAUUGGACAGGGAACAGGUGAGGAAGAUUGGCAGUUGUGGCUGGAACAGCUGAGCCCAGUACAGAGUCUCUCUUCUAUGUUCUAACUGCCCAAGUCAUGUUCACACCUUGACAAUUGGAGGCCUGCACAGGUUAUCUUACGAGCCAGAUGGAUCAGUUACUGUGACAUUUCUAAUGAUUCCCAGCUCCUGUUCAGUUGAUCAUUUUGUGAAGCCAAGAGUGAUGCCUGUCGUAAGACCUCUUUUAUAGAGCAAACGAACAACUUAUUCGGUCAUGUCGUGUUGAGGUUCUUGACUUGACCUCAUCUGCUUCCAUUAUGAAUAUGAUGUAUUUUUUAUCACUAGCAAACAUGAUUUUAUUUGUUGAUGGUAGACGUUUUUGAAAGAUAGGUUGUUAGAUAAUCACUUAUGUCUUUAAAUGUCUACAUGUUUAAGCUAGGGUACCAAGAGGGUCCUGAUUGGGUAUACUCUUGAGUGUAAAACAACUGAAAUAAACAUCGUAAGAUGUGUCAAAUGUUAUCAUAUUAAAGUAACAGAAUAUGUCUAUAAAGAUUGCUUAGUGUCAAUUUAAAGUAAAAAAAUCAUACAUUUUAAGGGACUUUUCAAAUUUAUUGCAUAUUGUUUCAAACACCUAUUCAAGACAUGUUCACAUAGGUAGCAAAAACAUGAAUAUCUACUGAUUUAACACCCUCUACCCCAACCCAGUCAGGACCCUCUGCCAUUGUAACAGGUACAUUAUUGUGUUCAGGGCAACAUUUCACAAAGUGAUUGUAGUGCUAAGGUGAUUGUAUCUCCCAUGCUUUAACAUUGACUUACAAGAGUCAUAGCGCUACGAUCGCGAGGUGAAACGGGCCCCUGAAUAGGAAGCAGUUUCCUCAAGUGAUGUUGCUAAUGACUUGCCGUGGUCGUCUUCAGAAAUAUACAUAUCAGAUACUCAGUGUCCAAACACAGGGCCAUGUGACAUAGGGCAUUGAAUAAACAUGCAUACACCUACUUCCCUCAGCUGCCCCUGUGGCUCCUGUCUGUGCAACAUACAUUGCUCACUAGAUGCGUGUUGUCUGUACAUUGUGCAAUGUGGAAUCAUAAGUGUGUGCAAGUUAUGUUUCAGUCAUACGUGUCCAUGUCACCCAUUAUGCCUGUCACCUGUACAAGUAAAUUAAUUAUGUCCUGAGAGAUAGUGUCGAUGUGUAUACGGAAUGGCACAUCAUGAGUGGUGUGUCUUGUUUAUACAUGAUUUGUAAAGCAUGAAUUGUUCUGUGCGCUUCAGAUAUUAGUCUUCUGAUAUCAAGCAAAUACUUAAAGGAUAUAGUAUUUAUGAAGUACAUCCCCGUGGCUGGAGUAUUAGAGCAGUCAACUUCCCGCUCACUGACUCCCGUUCCAUCAGUCCAGUUUUGUAAUGUGAAACAGUUGUGAGGAUAACAUGAUCAGGGAAGUAUCAUCAAUACUGAAGUGGAAACACAGGGGACAUAACCCAUGAGAGAGAUGGCUCACUAAUCCACAACAGUGCUUUUCCUUAUGAUUUAUUUAGUGGGUAAAGCAUUUGCUUGUGGCCCCCAAACCGUGGGUUUAGUCCUGAGAUUGGUACAAAAGCCAUUUCUGGUGUCCCUUGUAAUAAAUGUAAAUGUUAAAAAGGGGAAUAAAACCAAAUGCACUCAUUCCCUUACUGCAGGCAAAUGAUGUGGUAAAACACUUCCUGUCAGAUCAUCCCUACAGUUGGUGAGGUUCAUCAACUUUUAUAUCCAAAUAAAACUCUUCUAAUUCCCCAGGACAA